CCAUUCCUCGAGCUGAAUUUUAUCAUCACCGUAAAACUGCUUUUAAACCCCUGGGGCCUCAGCCAGUUGAGCAUCCAGCUCAUACUUCCAGUUCAAACACCCACUAGCAAGCAAAUAGAAGCAGAUUAGAAAGGCUGCCGCACAGCAGAGGUGACAAUUAAUAUGCUCCUCAUGUGUCACUCGAUGUUGCUGGCGAAACUCGCCGUGCUUAUCGUAUUGCCUUUUUUGCUGCUGUGUUAUGGAGUGGGCAAGGUUCACUGCUCGACAAUUCAUGAGAACAGAGAAGAUCUGCGCUCACUGCUCGACUUUAAGAAGUGGAUCAGUGAUCCAAAUGGAGCCUUGAUGAACAAUUGGACAACUGGCACCCAUUUCUGCCGGUGGAAUGGUGUUAACUGCACUUCCACGCCACCAUAUCGCGUCAGAGAGCUCAACCUCACCGGGCUAAACUUGGGUGGCGAAAUAUCCUCCUCUCUUGGAAAUCUGACCUCCCUUAAUUAUCUUGAUCUAUCCAAUAAUAGCUUUCAUGGUCCCAUACCUCUUCUUAACAAACUCCAAAACCUAGAGUACCUUUUUCUAGGAAGCAACCUUUUGCAAGGUGUUAUUUCCGACGCACUUACAAAUUGUUCUAAUUUAGUUACACUAGAUCUCUCUGGAAACAACCUCAACGGUCUCAUUCCUCCUAGAAUAAGCUUUCUUACCAAACUAGCAUAUAUCUACCUUGAUAGUAAUUAUCUCACUGGGGAGAUACCAGCAUCCCUCGGAAACAUCACAAAUUUACAACAAGUCAUUUUUUCAAAAAAUCAGCUCAGUGGUAGAAUUCCCGACGAGGUUAUGCAAAUGCCAAACUUAAUGGAGUUGCACCUAGACCAAAAUAACCUAUCAGGUAGUAUUCCUGAGGUUUGGCAAAUGCCAAACAUAUUGCUGUUAGACCUAAGCGUAAAUAACCUCUCAGGUCGAAUUUAUUUUCGAGCUCUAUCUAAUGUAUCUUCUCUUCAGGGAUUGUCCUUGGCAUCAAAUAUGCUAGGCAGCACAUUACCAUCUAACAUUGGAGAUGCUCUACCGAAUCUCACGAUUCUAUACUUGGGUGAGAACUAUUUCGAGGGUCACAUUCCAGCUUCCCUAGGAAAUCCUCCAGGUCUAGGAGUCAUAGAUCUCUCAUCGAAUUAUUUCACCGGCCAAAUCCCAAAUUCUUUGGGAAACCUUUCACUGCUGUCUUUUCUUAACCUUGAUCAAAACAUGCUUCAAUCAACAGACAAUGAAGGUUGGGAAUUCAUCCAUGCCCUGGGAAAGUGUAGAUCUCUAGAAAAACUUUCAUUGUCUAAUAAUAAGCUACAGGGAGCCGUACCAAAUUCUAUUGCAAACCUGUCCAGCACUCUUACACAUCUGCUAAUGUCUGAAAACAGUCUAUCAGGAACAGUUCCCCCACGUAUUGGAAAAUUUAGUUCCUUAAUUCAACUAUCACUAGAUCAAAACAAUCUUACCGGUACAAUUGAAGAAUGGGUUGGAAAUAUGACAAAACUAGAACGUUUGAAUCUCCAAUCAAACAGCUUCGUCGGGAUAAUUCCACCUUCCAUUGGCCAACUUACACGGUUGACAUAUUUAUUUCUUGCUGAAAAUCAAUUCACUGGGUUUAUACCACCUAGCUUUGGAAACCUUACAUCAUUGUUGGAGCUGAACCUUAGCUACAACAAUUUCAACGGGUACAUACCACCAAACUUUCGAAACCUUGAACAACUCAUACUAUUUGACCUUAGCUACAACAAUCUACAAGGUGACAUAACUCUAGAUAUUAGCAAACUUAAACAGCUCACAGACCUACGUCUUUCAUCAAACAAGCUUACCGGAGAAAUCCCAGAUACUUUUGGCAAGUGUCAACAAUUAGAAACCCUCCUAAUGGACCAAAAUUACCUCAAAGGAAACAUCCCACCAUCUUUCAAGGGACUACAGAGCCUCAAAUCACUAAAUCUUUCUCACAAUAACUUGUCUGGCACCAUUCCAACUAUUUUGGAGGAUCUAUCGCUUCUCAAUAAGCUGGAUCUUUCAUAUAAUCAUCUCCAAGGAGAAAUACCAAUGAAUGGAGUCUUUGCAAAUGCAACGGCUAUUUCACUCAAUGGCAACUGGGGGUUCUGUGGAGGAGUGAUGGAUCUCCAUAUGCCUGCAUGCCCUGCGGGUUCUCCGGAAAUAGAAUGGAAACGCUAUGUGAUCAUCUUACUGAUUCUAGUAUUUAGCUUCAUGUCACUCGGGAUGUCAAUUUACGUUAUAUUUUUUGGGAAGAAGGCACGGAGGCCAUACUUAUUAUUACUUUCUUUUGGUAAGAAAUUCCCUGGAGUUUCUUACAAGGAUUUAGCCCAAGCUACAGAGAACUUCUCAGAGUCCACCCUAGUUGGGAGAGGAAGCUAUGGUUCAGUAUACAGAGGGAAGUUAACUGAAGCUAAAAUCGAAGUAGUUAUUAAGGUCUUUGACCUUGAGACAAGAUUUGCGGACAAAAGUUUUAUUUCAGAAUGCGAGUCUUUGAGAACCAUUCGGCAUCGGAAUCUUCUUCCUAUACUAACUGCAUGCUCAACGAUUGACAAUAAUGGCAACGAUUUCAAAGCACUAAUUUAUGAGUUCAUGCCCAACGGGAAUUUGGAUACAUGGUUGCAUCAGAAACAUGGUGGUGUAGUUCCAACACAUUUGGGCUUAGCUCAGAGACUAAACAUAGGUGUUGGCAUGGCUGAUGCACUGGCCUAUUUACACCAUGACUGUGGAAGGCCUAUUGUCCACUGUGAUCUGAAACCAACUAAUAUACUUCUUGAUGAUGACAUGAAUGCUCAUUUGGGAGACUUUGGCAUUGCAAAUCUCAUUGUUGAUUCCAGAUCAAUAGCAGUCGGACAUUAUUAUUCAUCUGGCUGUAGUAGUUCACUCGCUGUGAGAGGAACUAUUGGGUAUAUUGCUCCAGAGUAUGCUCAAACUGUUCAUGCAUCAACCUGUGGGGAUGUUUAUAGUUUUGGAAUACUACUCCUGGAGAUGAUUCUAGGCAAAAGACCAACUGAUUCCAUGUUUGAGGGUGGGCUCACCAUUAUCAAUUUUGUGGAGAGAAACUUUCCAGAUCAGGUGUUACAUUUCAUUGAUGCUCAUCUCCAAGAAGAAUGCAAGGACUUUGUUAAAGCGACGGCGUCAACAGAAAAUGAGGUCCAUCGAUGCGUGUUAUCUCUCGUGCAAGUUGCUCUUGCUUGCACGCGUUCAUUGCCAAGAGAAAGAAUGAGCAUGAGAGAAGUAGCCGUAAACUUGCAUGCAAUCAGGAGGUCGUAUGUUGCAGCGACUAAAUGAGGGCAAGCCAUGCUUCGCUAUACCUUUUGCAAUUAGCUUGGGUUAUUGGGUAUCUUUAAAUGUAAUUGGAAUAAAUAUGGCAAAUUAGGCAUGAGUAGCAUGCUGAGAUUGAUGAAAGCUAAUAUAUGUGAUUCUCUUUUAAGCCGCUAUAGGCGUGUAACCCAAAACUCUUAAGAUAGUGAGAUUGUUGCUGGCUA